UCAGAGCAGAGCUUUGAUUGUAACGAAUUUCAUCUACUGUGAGUGUAGUAUGGAGACUGGCAGCUGAGAAGUGGGGGCUUGGUGGGAUGUCUGGCCUGUGCUGAGGUACGUUUGUCCAGGGAUUCCGUCACUGGAGCAAGAUCCAUCCAUACAUUUAUUUACAGGCAUUCCCACCAUGGAUUGCCAAGAAAAUGAGUACUGGGACCAAUGGGGACGGUGUGUCGCUUGCCAACUCUGUGGGCCUGGACAAGAGCUCUCCAAGGAUUGUGGUUAUGGAGAAGGUGGAGAUGCAUACUGCGCAGCCUGCCCUCCCCGCAGAUAUAAAAGCAGCUGGGGCCACCAUAGAUGUCAUACUUGCAUCACCUGUGCUGUCAUCAAUCGUAUCCAGAAGGAGAACUGUACAGCUACCUCUAAUGCCGUCUGUGGGGACUGUCUGCCCAGGUUCUACCAAAAGACACGUAUUGGAGGCCUGCAGGAUCAAGAGUGUAUCCCAUGCACGAAGCAGACCCCCACCUCUGAGGUUCAGUGUGCCUUCCAGUUGAGCUUAGUGAAGGCAGAUGUACCCACAGUAUCCCCUCAGGAGGUCACACUUGUUGCACUGGUGAGCAGUCUGCUCAUGGUGUUUACCCUGGCCUUCCUGGGGCUCUUCUUCCUCUACUGCAAGCAGUUCUUCAACAGAAAUUGCCAGCGUGUUUCAGGAGGUUCGCUGCAGUAUGAGGCUGACGAGGCAGCGGAAGAGGAAUCUCUCUUCCCCAUGCCACCUGGCCAGGAGACCAGUCCUGAGUCCCCACUGAGUGAAAGCAUCUUUGAGACCCAGGCACUUAACCCCAUCCUGGAUGACGACUGCAGCUCGACUCGUGGCUUCCCCACACAGGAGUCUUUUACCUUGGCUUCCUGUGCCUCAGAGAGCCACUCCCACUGGGUCCACACUCCCAUCGAAUGUACAGAGCUGGACCUGCGAAAGAUUUCCAGUUCUGCUUCCUAUACUGGAGCUGAGACCUUGAGGGGGAACACAGCUGAACACUCUGGAGACAGACUGGAGCUCACUGUACCCUUUGAAGUACCCAGCCUUUCACUCUACUGAGGUGAGCUGGAAAGGUAGGGUAGAAAGACCAGAAAUUGGGGACCACCCCCAAAAGGAAUUAUCCCUUGGAGUACUGUUGUUCAGUAUGGCUAGUGUCAGAGGAACAGCAAGCUAGGAACACUGGUGGAUGGAGGGACAACUGUGAUAAUGUUAAUCUUUUAAGCCAGUCAGUCAUACAUCAUACAUCUGGGCCUACAGCUGUCAAGGAACUGGCCAGGUUGACAUGACACCAGUUUUUCUAUCCUGGCCUUUUGCAAUCUCUCUCAGAGCCCCACUGUCUAAUAGUUAUAUUCAGUUAUCUCCCAUCAUGUAUUCAAGCACCAAGGUACAGUGGGAAAAUAUACAAACCUUGGCAUCUGGAAGCCUUAUAUUUCAAAUCUACCUCCAUUCCUUAAUAUUUGUGUGAAGCUUGUGUAAAUCCCUUCACCUCUCUGAGUCUCAGGUCCUUAAUCUGUGAAAAGUAGGAAAUACUAUUCACCUUAUAUUGUGAGAGUUGAAUGAGAAAUGCAUGUGCAAGUGCCUUUUAUAGUGUCUAAUGCAUUAGAGGUGUUUAAACCAUGUUAGUUUGUCUUUGCCCCCAGUCACAAUUUAUAUUGGGUUGGCCAAAAAGUUUGUUCGGGUUUUUCCAUAACGUCUUAUGGGAAAACCCAAAUGAACUUUUUGACCAACCCAAUACAUCCAUACAUAUACACUACACUCAUCUGGUCUUCAUAACAUACCUUUAUGAUAAGAAGGUUACACUUUAUAGAGGCAGGAACUGAGACACAGAGAGGGAAAGUGAUUUGCUUAAAGUCACAGAGCAUUUCAGUGGCAGAACUGGGUUAGAGCACAGGUUUUGGAGCUCCAUGUAAGUAACAAGGGGCAGUAUGAAGCAUGAGGGUGGAUUCCUAUUUUUCAACUAACCAAUUACUUUCACCACCCAUUUCCAUAUUUCUCCAGCUAUGAUAUUGUCCAGGUCCCCCAAUGACUCCCGCUCCCUAUAUCUUACCUAAGAAAAUAUAAACAAUAUGUAGGUGAAAGCCAAGACUCCUAUUAAACCAGUCAUCCUAGAUACCUUCAAGGUCAUCUAGGCCAACCUCUCUUCCAACUCCUCCAAUCCAUUCUUGAGUCCCUUUUAUAAUAUCCCCAAGAAGUGUUUGUGUCAUCCUUGCUCACAUACUUACAGUAUCAGAGAGCUCACUACUGCCCAACAUGUAUUGCAGCUAUGACUGGUGGAUUUGAGCUCAAUGUAAAGAAAACCUUUCUGUCUUCUUAUAGUAACCACCCUUGGGUCCUGCUCUGCUCCUCAGGCCACACAGACCUCAUCUGCUUCCUGUGUCUUGUGAUAGCCCUGAAGAAGUCUAAAGAUAGCAUCUCCUCUCUGGAAAGUACCACUUUGGGUUCCGUUAAAGUAUGGGGGGCUUAAAACUGAACCCAGUUUCAUGAGGAAUUGUCUCACCAACAUAGAGUAGGGUAGAACUGUCAUCAUGUCCACCCCACACAAGUGAUGUUUUUCUGCUAUUAUACCUUAACCACUGGCCUAAAACCAUUUUUUGAGGGAUGGGAAGAGGAAGGAGCUAGUGAGAUUGCCCCAUAGGUUUCUAACUUGCUCUGCUCCCUCCCUAGGUCUCUUGGGCUCCUGGCAGCCCAGUCGUUCUCCCUGGACUCUCCUGCCUUGUUCCUAUACCACAACAGCAGCAGGGGCAUAGGAUGUGGUAUCCACAACAGCCUGUACUCUACAGACGGGGCACAUCCUAUCCCAU